UAUGAAUGUAUUCAUUGAUUGCACUUGAACAACUGUACCAAUCAACAACUGUUUGAAAUUUAUUAAACAUUUUUUUCAAAUCAAAUAUCACAUAUUAAGUUUGGCUUGAAAUAAAUCCAUGCUUUGGUGAACCACAUAAUUUCUUCUAAUCGAGUAAUUGAAAAGACUGUUUUCCCCACAAGACAAAUCAAACUUUUUGUCUUUGAGAUGAUAUUUUUACGGAUUUAAAAAAUUACGUAUAGAAUUAGAAUUCAAGAUUGUGUGGGAAAAAAUACCAUGCUUUGGAUAAACAUGAGAAGCUUCUUCUGAGUUCUGACAUGUGAUUGAAAAGUCUACUUUCACACAGUACAUAAACCAAACUUCUCAUCUCUAGCAUCCUAGACAACAUCUUGUGUUCUCUUCCACCACAUGGAGUGUCCAACAAUGAACAUGCCUUCCAUUCUUUUCUCUUGUUUUUGCAUCUUUGUUCUAUGCUAUGCCACUGUCCUGAACCCUGUUUCUGCUAUGCAAAGUUGUGAUUUUCCCGCAAUUUUUAACUUUGGCGACUCAAAUUCCGACACUGGUGGACUGGCUGCAGCCUUCAAUUGGACCAAGCCACCUUAUGGAGAAACCUUCUUUCGCAUGCCAGCAGGGAGGUUCUCAGAUGGACGGCUCAUCAUUGAUUUCAUCGCUACAAGUUUUGGCCUCCCAUUUCUGAGUGCUUAUCUCAAUUCUUUGGGGACCAACUUCACCAAUGGUGCAAAUUUCGCCACUGCAGCAUCAACCACCACACCACCACGGUUCAUUAUUCCGGUGGGCGGAUUCAGUCCCUUCUACUUAGAUGCACAAUACUGGCAGUUCACACAAUUUAUAUACAGAUCACAAAUUAUCAAGAAAACAGGAGGGAUAUACAAGGAUUUAAUGCCCGAGGAAGAAUAUUUUCAGAAAGCCUUGUAUACAUUUGAUAUUGGUCAGAAUGAUCUUGGUCAAGGUUUCUUUGGUAACAUGUCCAUAGAGGAGGUGAAUGCUUCUGUCCCAGAUGUAGUCAACAGGUUCUCUACUAACAUCAAGAAUAUAUACAAGUUGGGAGCUAGAUCAUUUUGGAUCCACAACACCGGACCGAUUGGCUGCCUUCCCUAUAUCUUGGCAAGUUUUCCGGCAGCUCAAAUAGACAGUGCCGGCUGCGCGAGGCCUUACAAUGAGGUAGCUCAGUACUUUAACUACAGGUUGAAGGAGGCCAUUGUGCAACUCAGGAAGGACCUUCCUCUAGCUGCAAUCACAUAUGUAGAUGUGUACUCUGUCAAGUACUCCCUCUAUACUGAACCACAAAAAUAUGGGUUUGAGCAUCCGCUUGUCGCUUGCUGUGGCUAUGGUGGGAAGUAUAACUUUAGCAGUGUCGGAGGUUGUGGAGAUACUGUCACUGUUAAUGGCAGCCAAAUAUUCAUCGGUUCGUGUGAACGCCCCUCGGUUCGAGUAAACUGGGAUGGAGUUCACUACACUGAGGCAGCAGCUAAGUUUGUUUUUGAUAAAAUUUCCACCGGAGAAUUCUCAGAUCCACCAGUUUCCUUGAGAAUGGCAUGUCACAGCAAAUUGGACAAAGUCUACUUUCACACACUACAUAAACUAAACUUUUCAUCUCUAGAUUCCCAACACAACAUGGGGUGUCCAACAAUGACCAUGUCUGUCUCUCCCCUCUCUUGUUUUUGCAUGUUUCUUCUGUGCUAUGCCGCUGUCCUGAACCCUGUUUCUGCUGUGCAAAGUUGUGAUUUUCCGGCGAUUUUUAACUUUGGCGCCUCGAAUUCGGACACUGGUGGACUGUCUGCCGCCUUCAAUUGGACCAACCCACCUUAUGGAGAAACCUUCUUUCGCAUGCCAGCUGGGAGGUUCUCAGAUGGACGUCUCAUCAUCGAUUUCAUGGCUACAAGUUUUGGACUCCCAUUUCUCAGUGCUUACCUCAAUUCUUUGGGGGCCAACUUCACCAAUGGUGCAAAUUUCGCCACUAAAGCAUCAACCAUCAGACCACCACUGUCCAUUAUUCCGGUGGGUGAAUACAGCCCCUUCUACUUAGAUGCACAGUACUGGCAAUUCACACAAUUCAUAUACAGAUCACAAAUUAUCAAGAAAACAGGAGGGAUAUACAAGGAUCUAAUGCCCGAGUUGGAAGAUUUUCAAAAAGCCUUGUACACAUUUGAUAUUGGUCAAAAUGAUCUAAGUCAAGGUUUCUUUGGUAACAUGUCCAUAGAGGAAGUGAAUGCUUCUGUCCCAGAUAUAGUAAACAGGUUCUCUACAAACAUCAAGAAUAUAUACAAGUCGGGAGCUAGAUCGUUUUGGAUCCACAACACCGGACCGAUGGGCUGCCUUCCCUCUAUCUUGGCAACUUUUCCAGCCGCUCAAAAGGACAGUGCCGGCUGCGCGAGGGCUUACAAUGAGGUAGCUCAGUACUUUAACUACAGGUUGAAGGAGGCCAUUGUGCAACUCAGGAAGGACCUUCCUCUAGCUGCAAUCACAUAUGUAGAUGUGUACUCUGUCAAGUACUCUCUCUAUACUGAACCACAAAAAUAUGGGUUUGAGCAUCCGCUUGUCGCUUGCUGUGGCUAUGGAGGGAAGUAUAACUAUAGCAGUGUGGGAGGUUGUGGAGAUACUGUCACUAUUAAUGGCAGCAAAAUAUUCAUCGGUUCCUGUGAACGCCCCUCUGUUCGAGUAAACUGGGAUGGAGUUCACUACACUGAGGCAGCUAACAAGAUUGUGUUUCAUAGAAUUUCCACUGGAGAAUUCACAGAUCCACCAGUUCCCUUGAGAAUGGCUUGUCACAGCAAAUUGGACUAAAGUUUCUCAUAUAUAGUACACAUACACCUAUAUGAUAUGUUGUUGCUAUAGUUGUUUAAUAUAUACACACAUACACCUAUAUGAUAUAUAUAUGUGUGUAUAUAUUGAACAACUAUAUAUUUUCUUCAAGUUCCAUGUACUACCAUAGAAUAAAGGCUUACUGUCCUGCAGCCUGAUAUAUACAUAUGCUCUUCGGAUGUGCCUUCAGAAAAUAAAAAAAUAAAAAAACAUUACCUUUAGAGCAAUUCUCU